GCAACUUGUAUUAGAGAGAGGAAGUGAGCCCCUCCUCCCGCCGCACAUGGUACAGUCCUACGUGAGAGGCUGCUCAGUGUCUGUUACAAUAGCAUUUCCAUCAGCUGCUCCUCUAGACUUGGGCUCAGUGAUUUUCUCUUCUCGAGUUGCUGUAGGAUCCACCGGUGGCAGAUUCCCGCCUGGAGAUCUCUCGUCAGGUCCCAGUUCACACGAGCUCAAUCUCCACACAGCAGAGCCCGGCUGUGCCCGAGCAGGGAGGGGGCUGGACAGUAUUCUUCUUUCCUCCCUGGUGAUGAACGGCUUUCUGUCCCAACUGUUAAACGGAUCCUGUUGCCCUAAGGAAUGAGACUGCAGCCGAAAAGUAAUCCUUGAUAUUUCACCUAAGAAGCCCUGACUGGCACAGCCGCUACUGGACCUGCUGACUGUCUCCACUGAGGACAUGGACAAGAAAAGCGAGGGAUGCACACAAGGUGUUGAAGCAACAGAAGAAAAUGUACAACCACCAGCAGAAACGACACACAGUUCAGAUUCUCGAUUACCAAGUGGACAGCCAACCACAAAGACAGAAGAAGAAACUGCCAGCUCUUCAUCUUUGACGAAGAGCCACCUCUCACAACAGACUUGUGGACUUCAUACAGAACAGUCGGCUGAAGGGCCCACUACCUCUUCACAAACAGAAAGUUCUUGUGUUUCUGCUGAGGAGGGACCAAGAUUACCCAUUGCCGAUCACAGUUCUUUACUACAGACUGAAAGACCAAGCACAUCACAAGCAGCUGGGAGUUCAAGCUCUCCAAAGGAGCAGCAAAUAGUAAAAUGUGAUGGGACUUCUCCCUCUGCUGCCCAGUCUCCUACUCAAGCCAUUACUCCCAAACAGAAACUAGACACACAGAAAGCAGAGCAACGGCAGAAACAAGCAAAAGAAAGGAGGGAAGAAAGAGCCAAGUAUCUAGCUGCCAAGAAGAAUGUGUGGCUUGAGAAAGAGGAAAAGGCGAAACAUCUGAGAGAGAAACAAAUACAAGACAGGAGAAAGAGGCUGGAAGAACAGAGGCUCAAGGCUGAGAGGAAAAGGGUCAUACUGGAGGAACGACAAAGGUUAAAGCAUGAGAAAAAUAAGGAGAAAUAUGAGGCAGCAGUCAACCGUGCUACAAAGAAGACCUGGGCAGAGAUCCGUCAGCAACGAUGGUCUUGGGCAGGUGCUUUGAAUCAGAACUCUCCAGGACAAAAAGGGGCUGUAAAUAGAUGCUCAGUGUCUGCAGUAAAUCUUCCCAGGCAUGUAGACUCAAUAAUCAACAAGCGAUUAUCUAAGUCCUCUGCUACCUUGUGGAACUCGCCAAACAGAAACAGGAGCUUGCAGCUGAGCCCAUGGGAGAGCAGUAUUGUUGACCGACUGAUGACACCCACCUUGUCCUUCCUGGCACGGAGCCGCAGUGCAGCAACACUCCCUGGUUCCCUUGUAUGUCCCCGUUCUGCCUCUGCAAGUCCUCUCACAUCAUGUAGUAGUCACAAGCAUCGCUGCUCUGAGCGUCGUAGGACCACAGCCGGCAGCCCUGACAUAACACCCAGAAAGAGGAUUGAUUCAUCCCCAAAAAAGAAAGAAAAGAAGGAGAAAGAUAGAGAAAAUGAGCGUGAAAGAAGUGCACUAAGUAGGGAGCGUAUAAUGAAGAAACGCCAGUCACUUCCAGCCACCACAAGCCGUGCAUCUCCCACACCAGACAGAAGCAGCUUGAAGUCUAAAAAUCGCCCGUCCUCGCCAUCUACACCUAUCAGGCGUCCAGUUUCACCCUUUCCUAGCCCAUCGGUACCACUAACCCCAAAACAGCCUUCUCCAAAGGGUGCUCUGUUGACACCCAAGUCAAAAGCCAAGGUAGAGAAAGAGAAGGAAGAAAAGACCCCCGGCAAGGUCAAAGAGAAGAAAGCAGAACAUAAGAUUGACAAAGAGAGACAACAAUCCCCUGUGCCUCAACUAGAGGAAACAGCACAGGCACAGGGUGCACCAGAAAGUGCCUCUUCUAGCACAGCACCAAAUAUAGACUCUACUGCUACAGUUUCAAAUGUCUCUGCUCCUGCACAAGCCCCCAUGCCUAUUCCUGCUGCAGUGAAUGCUCCUUCCCCUGCCCCCUCUCCAAGCAAGCCAAUGGCUGGCACGACUGAUAAAGAGGAAGCUGCCCGACUACUGACUGAGAAGAGGCGACAGGCCAGAGAGCAAAGAGAGCGAGAGGAACAGGAGAGGAGAGAGAGAGAAGAACAACAAAGACGAGAAAGAGAAGAGCGAGCGCUUCGAGAGGCUGAGGAAAGACUACAGAGAGAGGCAGAAGCCCGGCAACUGGAGGAGCAGAGAAGGCUAGCAGAGGAAAAGAGGCGUCAACAGGAAGAGGAAGAACAGAGGAAGGCUGCUGAAGAAAAGGCCAGGGCUGAGCAAGAGGAGCUGGAGAGACUGCAGAAACAAAAAGAAGAAGCGGAAGCCAAAGCUCGUGAAGAAGCAGAGAAGCAGAGACUGGAGAGAGAACAGCACUUCCAGAGAGAAGAGCAGGAGCGUCUGGAGCGGAAGAAGCGUCUUGAAGAGAUAAUGAAAAGGACACGGAAAUCAGAUGCUAAAAAAAAAGAAGAUAAACAAGUAGUGAAUGGAAAGGAGACCAAACAAGAAUCUGCUCCCUGCAAAGAUGAAGCAGAAUCAUCAGGAGUAAUGAAGAUUGAGCUUCCAGAAAAGAAAGUGGUUAGAAUACAGGACAAAAUGGCAGCACCUGACUUACCUCAGGGGGUACCUGGACACAUAGUGAAUGGGGUGCCACCCUCCAAGCAGGAAAAUGGUUUCUCCUCUAAAGAAUCAUCCCCUGCCUUUGAGGAGGUGAUAACACUCUCUGAAAUUAGCAGUUCCAAUGGAGAUAAAGUUAGUCCUCCAGCAGAGCCCAUUAUUGCUUUUGCAGGCAAAGAUGGUUUUAUAAAGAAGUCAACUGUCCAGCCCCCUCAAAUAACAGAAGUCCUGUAAUAUUCUACAGCGUCAUGUCUGGGUUUCUGGAAAUUGGGAAACUAGCAGAAACUUUGGGAUGGAUGUUAUUACGUUUUAAUCUUUCUGCUGUUUGCUUGAAAGCAAAAUGGUUUCCACAGUUGAUGGCUCUGUGAAUCCAACGAGCUGAAAGGAAAAUGUUAACCACAUUCAUGGUGGUUACAACUAGGAGAGAUUACCAGUGCCACAAUCUAUCUACCAUUGACAAAUACUGGACACGUCUUAGUGGUAUUAUAAUUUUUUUUUGUUUUUGUUUUUUCUUUUUAACAUGCACCUUAUAUUAAAACAACACUGACAAGGUUUAGCUCACAAUACAAGAAGAAGAAACGGGGAGAGAAAAAAAAGCAUUAAGCAUUACAGUGGAAUAUCCCAGCCAUGGUUGGAAAUGCGUGGAUGAGCUUGCUGGUGUUCCUAAUUAUGUAGCUAUUUAAUAAGAGACUGCUGGGUACAAUGAUGUAUGUGAAUUCUGUAAAUAAAACCUCACAGUAUUACAUCCA